AUGUCCGAGCCGGCGUUGGAUUUCUGGAACGGUGCAGACAAUUGUUGGUUUUACGAUCCGUGGGUUUCCGCGUCGGAACAACCAGACUCGCGGAUGAAAGAAGCACUUCGACAGAGCACGUGGCACAAUAGACGACGAGUUUCCUCGUCUAUCUCCUCGCCGUCUCUCACCUCUUCGUUUUCGUCUGGGUUCACCCUGUCGGGCAACGGCUUUCCCGACCCGGCAUCCAAUAUUUCUGCCGCUAUCGCGUUCGAUGGGGGCCGGGCGAUUGCGCAACUUCUUUACGAAUUCUUCCGCUUUUAUGCCUACGAGUUCAACCCCUAUUCUCAUGUCAUUUCACUUCGUUAUAACUCGCCGCCUCCUCCUCUGCCAGUUGCAAAGACUAAGGUCGACGUUUGUGCGUGGUCACCCAACGGGUCUGUCGAGGAGAGAGUGAAAAAGGAAAUCUGCUGGUGGACGUGGGAACCCCAGGAAAGAGGAUCAACAUUGAAAGCCCGUUUACCCAUCGGACUGUGUCGUCCUUUUGGGUCAGGGUUUUCAGAACCUCAGGGUAUUUUUCUUCGAAAAAUUGAUCUGGCUCUUUGGAUGGGGAAUCCCAGGGUACCUGUACAUCGCCAUCAAUGGAAGUUGAUGGAUUUCUUACCUGGUCAACUCCUGCCACGUCAGCAUCAAGAAGUUCGAAGAAAUAAUCGACGCCUGACUGUAAAGAGAGAAGUAUCCUCGCCACUUUCUAGUGACACGCACAAGUUCUUACUUGGACUUGCCGCCAAGCUUAUCGGUCCAGCCAUCGAGGACGAAGAAACGCCACCAUCUCAUGUCUUUCAACAGCGCCAGUGGAUUCAAGACUGGGAACGAGUCAAAGAUGAUCACAGAAAGACCUUUCUGAAGAAGUACGCUGCUGCCGGCAGGAAGAUGGAUGUUUUGCAAUUUGACACGUUUGUCGUGGAAGAUCCGUUUCGAGAACUGGAGUUGCUCCAGCCGAAGUUCGAGAAACAGGAUCGUCUAUGCUAUGAAUUAAAGAGAGCGACGCAUCUACUGGCUGCUGCAGCGAGCGAAGAGGAUAACGGAGGUGAUAGAGCUAACGAAGCGAAAAUAAGAAACGCACAAAACGUGGUGGAGGCACUGUUCAGACCUUUUGACCCUGUAGUAGAAAGUGACAUGCUUCGUUUGACAUCAGAUGCAACCCGUUUCAUGCGGGAAGAACUUGAAGCUCUGACUGAACCUGAUAAAGAAAAGGAAGAAGCCGGUCUACUCGUUCCGUCAUUCUCCGAGAGAUAAACGAAAAAAGAGAACUCGUUUCCCUUCUGUUUCCGCUGAUACCUUCCACGCCUCCCGUUGUCAAGCACGAUACUCCACUCUGCCUAUUCCAUGUGACUCCUCUUUUCUGUCCUUGAUGUGACAAUGCCGGAACCUCAAAGUCGAUAAUUUUACCGGAG